GAAAGCUGAAAGCAACUGUGAAAGAAAUGGCGCUCUGUAUGAACACAUCCUCAUGCAGCGUGGUAGAUUCAUGCUAUCCCUUUUCUGCUAUAUAUAUAUAUAUAUAUAUAUGAUGACAAUAAAUGUUGCAGUGUAAUUUCGAUUUGAAUUUGAAUUUGCAGAAGACUCUAAGAGAAACCAAUUUAAGGCGAUUGUCAUCUUCGAUUUCUUGGCUCAAAAGCAGAAACGAUGGAAGGUUCUUAUAUCUGGGCAGUAUAAAAAGAGAAGGCUCCGGUAUGAAGGUUCAAGCUUCAUGCUUUUUCAACCCCACCAAUCAACCCAUCCUUAAAGAAGUUCUUAAGGAGCCAGUUGCAUUCCUGGGCGGGAUGUUUGCAGGGCUCUUAAGGCUUGAUUUGGAAGAAGAACCACUUAAAGAGUGGGUAACAAGAACUGUAGAAGCCUCUGGUAUUACAGUAGAAGAUAUUGAUGCUGCAGGGUCGAAACCUGAAGAAGUACCACAACAGAUAGAUAUUGAAUAGAUACUUGGUGGCAACAUUUUGAGGUUGAUGAGGUUUAGAUCCUGAUCCGUACGCACUCUGAAAGUGGUCUCAUCUUCCCAAAGGCACCCGAAAUUGUUGUAUGAUGAAUAUACUCAAAAUAGUAAUAUGACCACCUUGUAUUAAUUAAUUCAGGGUCAACAAUACUCUUACAAUUGGCAAUGGAAAAUUAAAGCCUAGUGGCAGAGAAUGAGAUCAUCAUUCUCAUUAUUCUCUUU